AUCCCCACUGUUUUCUGCCGACCCCAAGAGCUAAGCUACCGGACGAUUGACGUCUUGACUGCCGCCUUGCCACCUCCCACUACGACCAAGAGACUUCCAGAUUUACUUCUUUCCCCUACCAAGGACAGAGGGGAUUUUGGAUUUGGGUACUUGGAGUUGAGACAGCAGCCCCUUAUUUAAAGUUGAACGUCAGCAUGGCUCCAGUCAGUGAGAAGCUGCCAUUGAUGCAGGAAGACAUUCCCGCCGGCGCGCCUUACACAACGCCACGGCCCAAGGCGAGAUGCACACGCUCCAAAUGGGUCGCCGUCCCCGCGCUGGCCCUCCUCGGCCUGUAUUGGACCAACGGCCUGCCCUCUGCCGUCUUUGGCGACCAGAGCCCCAGCUCAGGCCUGGAUCUUUCCCAGCAAUGCCGUCAGGUCGACUCUCUCUUCCCGGCCAAGACCUCGCCGUCUCUGGCCUCGAUGGACGAGUACCUCGCGUCGUCCCAGUUCCUCAACGCCAGCACCGCCCGCAUGUCUGGCGCCAUUCAGAUCGCCACCCAGUCCUACGACAACAUGGGGCCCAUCGGCGAGGACGAGCGGUGGGACGUCUUCCCCCCCUUUGCUGACUUCCUGGAGAGGACCUUCCCUCUCGUCCACAGCACCCUCGAGCUCGAGAAGGUCAACUCCCACGGUCUUCUGUACACCUGGAAGGGCUCCGACUCGCACUUGAAGCCCACCGUGCUCAUGGCCCACCAGGACGUCGUCCCUGUUGAGAAGUCCACCGUCGGGCAGUGGACGCACCCGCCCUUCAGCGGCGAGUUCGACGGCAAGUUUGUCUGGGGCCGUGGUGCUUCAGAUGACAAGAGCAGCCUGAUUGGCAUCCUGGAAGCCGUCGAGCAGCUCAUCGACGCUGGCUUCGAGCCCAGGAGGACGGUGAUUCUCUCCUUCGGAUUCGACGAGGAGAUCUCAGGAUACCAGGGCGCUGGUAAGCUGGCGGAGCGUCUGAUCGAUCGCUACGGCAAGGACGGCGCCUCGAUUAUUGUCGACGAAGGCUCAGGCCUGGCCAGGCAGUGGGGCACCGUCUUCGCUCUUCCCGGUGUCGCAGAGAAGGGCUACAUCGACGUCGAUAUCAUCGUCAGGAUGCCUGGUGGUCACUCGUCCAUCCCGCCCAAGCACAACGGCAUUGGUGUCACCGGCGAGCUCAUCACCCUCAUCGAGGCCAACCAGUAUGAGCCACACCUGUACGACGAAAAUCCAUACCUGGGUCUCCUCCAGUGCGGCGCAAAGUACGCCCCAGAGUUCCCGCCCAAGGUGAAGAAGGAGCUGCAAAAGCGCAACAAGAAGGGCUCCUCCGCGUCCUGCCACAACAAGCGCGACAAGCUAGCUCUCGAGGCGGCCAAGGAGGGUGACGCCAUCAAGUACCUCUUCACCACCUCCGUCGCUGCUGACCUGAUCAGCGGCGGCGCCAAGGUCAACGCGCUGCCCGAGCGCACCGUGCUCACGGUCAACCACCGCGUUAACGUCGGCGAGAAGGUCUCGGACGUCAAGGACCGCAUCACCGGCAUCGCGGCCGAGGUCGCCAAGAAGCACAACCUGACCCUGCACGCCUUCACCGACGAGGCCGAGACGCCGAGCUCCAUCACGCUCAAGACCGAGCACACCCUCGAGCCGGCGCCCGUCUCGCCCACCGACGUCUCGGGCGACGGCAGCGCAACGCCCUACUCGGUCCUCUCGGGCACCACGCGCGCCCUCUACGGCGAGGACGUGGUCGUCUCGGCUGGGCUGAUGACCGGCAACACGGACACAAAGUUCUACUGGGACCUCACCAAACACAUCUUCAGGUACAACCCUGGUUUCGACCCCGACCAGAACUUCAUGGACGGGAUCCACACCGUAGAUGAGCACAUGAGCAUGCGGGGCCAUGUCACUGGUGUCCAGUGGUACAGUAUUUUCCUGCGGAACAUGGAUGAGGCUGAUCUGUGAGAGCAUGUUAUGCUGUCGCUGGUACCUAGGUAAUCAUCAAGUAAAGCAUUGGAUGGUCUCCCUGUCUUCCAAGGUUGUUAUAUAGCGGAAUCUUUCUACAAAAUUUAGAUAGAUUGGAACAACAAAUUAUUGGUGACGCAACCCCCGGAAUAGUACAAUUCUGCCCUAUGUUCACUCUGGACUCUGCCGAUACGAUCAGUUACUUGGGUGAACCUCUCAGCUCAUUUUAACUUUGCACUUGUGGGACUUCCUCCUCUCCAUGGAUGGUCUACAGCA